AUGUCAUCCGGACUGAACCUGUAUGAAAUCCUGGGAAUCCGACAAUGGCACGGACGCGAAAACGAGAUUUCCGAUGACGAAAUCAAGCAAGCAUACCGGGAGGCACUUCUCGAAUCGCAUCCUGACAAACGUCAGCAGAGAAACGAGGAUCACAGCACAAUCUCCAUAGAAGAGAUCCGAAAAGCAUAUACCAUAUUAUCAGAUCCCGUGGCACGAAAAGAGUAUCUAAUUCGUCUUCAGAGCGGAAGCCAUGGCACAGCACCCUCUGGAAGAGGAUUCGUGCAACUUGGAGACGCUGUAGACCUCGACGAUAUGACGAUACACGAAGACAUUCUCAACAGCAGCGGAGAAACGACCACAAAAUGGACCAAAGCCUGCCGUUGCGGCCACUCUCAAGGCUACGUUGUCUGGGAAUCUGACCUGCUCAACAACGGGUCUGCCGACGAGAUCAAAGUGCCCUGUGUCGGCUGUAGCCUGUGGAUCACGGUCCAGUACUCUGUCGAGGAGUAG